CGUGUUUUGCUCUCUGUGUGUGUAUAAAUAGGUAAAUUACGAUCGCGAGUCUUGAAACAAUGAGCUAAAUUCGAUUGUUUGCCCUUGUGAUCACGAUUUUUGUCUCGAACGAUAUGUACAAAAGCCAAGAGAAGAGGGUACCGGAAGGUGCUCAUGUGAGAGAUCCGAAGUUUAGGCUGAACCAGUAGCGGGAGGUAUGGAGGCUCGCGGUGGAGUCCGCAGCAGCGCGAGGCUCAGUGGAGAGGGAGCUCGGAACCAGUGCAACGGCAGCAACGGCCGCCCCGAGAGGCCCAAUCAAGACGCUGCGGCAGCCGCCGCCGCCGCCGCGCUGCGCCGGGCCCGAGCCGCAGAGCGCGCCCGCGAGGUCGAGGACAGCCCGCGAGUGCUUCGAGAAAAGUGUCGGCGUCUCGCACGAGCCUUGCGAAACGCCAAGCAUCUAGUGGUGUACACUGGUGCAGGCAUUAGUACAGCAGCUGACAUUCCAGAUUAUCGUGGGCCACAUGGAGUUUGGACGAGGUUGCAACGUGGUGAGACAGUUGGGCGCGUGGAAGUGUCUCGCGCCCAGCCCACAUUCACACAUAUGGCGCUGACGGCGCUGUGGGCGCGCGGCACGCUCAAGUUCGUGGUGUCGCAGAACUGCGACGGGCUGCACAUCCGCGCGGGGCUCCCCCGGCGCGCGCUCGCCGAACUGCACGGGGACAUGUUCGCGGAGCUGUGCGGCCCGUGCCGGCGCGUCUACCUGCGCGCCUUCGACACCACGGAGCGGACGGCGCGACACGCGCACGGCACCAGGCGCCUGUGCCACGCGUGCGGCGCCGAGUUGAGGGACUCCAUCGUGCACUUCGGCGAGCGGGGCCGCGCCGCCUGGCCGCUCAACUGGGCGGGCGCGCUGCGGCACGCCGCGCAGGCUGACGUCGUGCUCUGUCUGGGCUCCAGUCUCAAGGUUUUGCGCCGCUACCCCCGCCUGUGGCGCAUGCAGGCGGCGCCCCGCGACCGUCCCGCCCUCUACAUCGUCAACCUGCAGUGGACGCCCAAGGACUCGGUGGCCGCGCUCAAGAUCAACGCGCGCUGCGACGCCGUGAUGCGGCACGUGGCCCGCCGCCUGCGCCUGCGCGUGCCCCACUACCGGCCCCACCGCGACCCCCUGCUGGCCCACGCGGAGCCGCUCGCCCCGCCCGAGCUGCACACCACUCGGCGCCCGCUCCUCUCCCGCCCCUCCCCCUCCCCCUCCCCCUCCCCCUCCCCCUCCCCCUCCCCUCGGCUCCGUCUCCGCGACCUCUCCGACGAGAACCUCUCGUCGCCCUCCGCCUCGGACUCGGACGAGGAGUUGCCGCUGCGUCGUCUCGCCGAGCGUCUGCGCGCGCCGCCGUCUCCGAAAACGAACGAUCGAUCUUCCCCGGAGAACGCUCGACGAAAGUCGGGCGACCGUUCUUCGCCGAAUGCGCGGUUCCGCGAUAACGAGCGACCUCCGUCCCCGCAGAAACGGUUUCUGUUACCGAAUACGCACCCCCCUCCGGUGCCGGAUGAGCGAUUGACGACACCGAAUCAUAAACCUCCGUCGGCGAUGAAAAGAUCUCCGUCGCUGUACGAGCUCCUCGCGUCACCUUACAGACAGCCUCCGUUACCGAAAAUGAGAUUUUUGUCACCGAACACGCAUCGACCGCCUCCGUCGAACGAUCGACUCCCACCUCCUUACAUAAAAUCUUCAGUAUCGGAUGAUCGCGUUUUGCCACCGAACAUGCAAGCUUCGCUUCGGAGCGAGCGACUUACAACUCCGUUCACAAAAUCUCCAUUAAUGAAUGCACGUGUUCUGCCACAGCACAUGGAAGUUCCGCCUUCAAACGAGCGACUUACGUCUCCGCACACAGAACCUUUAUUUUCGGAUGACCGCGUUCUGCCACAGAACAUGCGAGUUUCGCCUCAGAACGAGCGACUAACAGGAUCGACCGUUCAACCCUCAUCACCGAAUGACCGCGUUCUGCCAUUGAACAUGCAAAGUCCGCCUCCAAACGAGCUUUUUACGUCUCCGCGUAUAGAACCUCCAUUAUCGAAUCACCACAUUCUGCCACCAAAAAUACAUGUCCCGCCUCCGAACGAUCAGCUAACAUUACCGACCGUGCAACCCCCAUUACCGAAUGACCGCGUUUUGCCACCUAACAUGCAAGUUCCGCCUCCAAACGAGCGAGUUACAUCACCGCAAAUAAAAUCUCCAUUAUCGAAUGACCGCGUUCCACCGAUCGUGCGAAUUCCGUCUCCGAACGAGCGCCUUUCAUUACCGACUAUUCCACCUCCAUUACCAAACGAACGCCUUUCGCCUACCAUACAACCCCAUUUACCGAACGAGCGACUUCUUCCCCCGAACAUGCGAGUACCAUCUCCGACCGAGCGACUAACAUCACCAGAUACUCAGCCUCCAUUAACGAAUGAGCGACUUUCACCGACCAUACAACUUCCUUCGCCGAACGAGAGACUCCUUUCUCCGGCCACACCACCUCUUUUACCUAACGAUAGUCUCCUUUCUCCAACCACAAAACCUCUUUUACCUAACGAUUGUGUCCUUUCUCCAAGCACACAACCUCCUCUAUUACCAAACGAUCGUCUCGUGCUACCGAACGUCCAAGCAGCGUCGCCAGAAUCACGCUUGGCAUCGCCACAGUCGGAGCCCCCCCCGGCGCCGCCGGAGCCCCCCCUGGCGCCGCCGGAGCCCCCCCCAGCCCGGCCCGCCAGCCCGCAGCCCCCGCCGACGCCGGCGCAGCCUCCGCCCGUCAUCAUCAAGUCCCCGCCUCCUACUACGAGACCACCGCCAGAUCUACUGCGCGCCUUCCAGGUGAGCAUGCGGUCGGGCGAGGCGACCAUACUGCUGCGAGCGCAGUACGCGCCCCCCGCGCCGGGCCCCCCCGCGCCCCCCUCGCCCGGCCCCCCCGCGCCCCCCUCGCCGGGCCCCCCCGCGCCCCCCUCGCCCGGCCCCCCCGCGCCGAGCCCCCCCGCGACCCCACGCGCGCCCCCCGCGGCGCCGGCAUCGCUCGCGCUGCGCAGCUUCCGCAUGGUGCGACCCCGCCCGCCGCUCGCCUUCAACGGAAACUGCGCGCCCAAACUGGAACACUUCGCCGUCAAGAAGGAGGAGCCCGACCCUCAACCGUUCGCCCCUAAGAAGGAGGAGGAGCGAACGCUCGCGAAGACGGAGGUCGGCGACCUUAAAAAGGAGGAGGGAGUGGUCAAAAUGGAGAUCGACGGAGCGAACGGCACGCACGGCCUCCGGUCGAAGCUGCGGCGGCUGCUGCAGAGGCCCGAGGACGAGAGACUGAAGGCGGAGGGCGGCGAGGAGGCGCUGGCGGCGGCCUACUUCGCGCGCGCCGUGCUGGUUUGCCGCGCGCAACUCUACUCGGGCCUGCACACCAUCAUCUCCCCUCCGCUGCCUGCGGCCGGAGCUCCCCCCCCUCCCCCCGCCCCCGCCCCCGCCCCCGCCGCCGCCGCCGCCCCCGCUGCGUUGGGCGAAUGUACGUGGUGCCUGCGUCGGCACGGCGCCCGGCGCUGCCUGUGGUACGGUCCCCCGCGUUGUACGUCGUUGGAGCGUCGCGCGCGUCGCCGCCGCCUCCUGUGCGCGUGCUGCGACCCGGCCACCACCCCCCCCCCCCCCUCCCUCGCCCCCGCCCCCGCCCCCGCGCCCCCGCCUCCCCCCGCGCUGGACACCAGCGGGUGGUACGGGAAGGGAUACCGCAAGGGUCGGCGCAGACGCCGGUAGCGCUCGCCCUCCGACCCGCACCGAGCGAUCCCCCCCGCCUCCUCCGCCCCCCACCCCCGCCCCGCCCCCCGCUCGAUGCCGACGGUCGGAUGUUGAGGUGUGAGGAAGGCUCCCGGCGCGACGCGAGGAGUCGACGGCUCGCGAGUGCGCCGCCUCGAUAGAACUGUACAUACGUUGUAUUUAUUUUUUUACAAAGAUUAGCGCGUAGGUUCGAGAACGAAUAGAUAGGUAUUAUUGAAAUGAAUCGAACAGGUGUGCUCCGGUCGAAGGUGGACGCUCGAAGGACCAGAUCUCAUGACUCGUUUGGGACCGCUCCGGGGCCGCUCAUGGUUGUGAUGCAGUGAUCGUGCGACUGCUGUGCUCGCUUUUGUCACAAAGCUGUUUUUAUUUUCGUAGGAGCCGGUGCCAAAAUCGUUGACCUUUAUCUGAUUGGGGCUUUAAUUUAUAUUAAGAACUAAAUGACUCAUCAUGUUAUUCAUGUAUAAUAGAUAAAAAGUUGCCUUAAUUUAUUGAUUGACACAUACACGUAAAGUUGCGUUUUUCUAAUUUUUAUUUAAAACCCAUUCGACUCAUUACUUUUAAGGCUAAAAGCUCACGGAACGGUUUUUACCUGCGACCGCCUUAGCGGAAUAGAAGCUUUUUCAAUUCAAAACUCGGGAAAUCGCAGUUUUUUUGCAGCCCCGCAGCCACCGCGGAUGCGAGACCGCCUGUUAACUUGUCGAGCAAAUGCAGCGAUUCUGCCGUCCACAAGCUAAAACGCGGCUAAAUGACAAAACUAACUUUGGAGAUAUGGCCAAAAAAACAGCGUGUUCACUUUAAAUGAUUGCUAUUUUUUAACAAUUCAUCACGUGACGGGUUUUUAGACUUAAACUAUAAAAGAUGCGAAUACACGUUAAAGACAGAUCGAAAGGGAAUUAAAAACUGUAUAAAAUGCAAUUUAACACUGAAGUAUCGACUAUAUAUCACUUAGCCGCUCUUUAGUUUGAGUACGGCAGGAUUACGUCCACUACAAAACAAAUUUAUUUCGAUUGCCGGUCAGCCGUCAACCAAUCGCCGAGUGCGAGGAUGAAGCCGGGGCUAUGGGUACCGCAAAAAACCGCGUAUAUAUCGCCCAUCAUUCGCGUCGUGGAAUUUGUUAAUGUGCAUUACAGAAGCUCUAUUUUUGAAUCACUCGAUUUGGGUCGAACGCUCGAUUUCUACUAAAAUUCAUUCGACAUAAUUAAUUCCAUAUUUUUGAAUCGCUCGAGUGCAACGAAUGGGUGAGACCGAUCGUUGCAUAGCGAAUGGUGGAGGCGAAUGAUAGAAAAAUUGACAAAUUUGUGUCAGAAGUCACGUGUCAAACUUGAUUCACUUUUGUUUACUAUUGUUUUUCGUUGUUUACUAUUUUUUUUUUUUCAAAUUAUGACCUUUUCUUGAGAGUACCCUUGCAUUCUUAACUCCGAAGACUGAUCAAGUAUCUCGCGCUUACGAUCACUUUCUUUUACGAUAAUCUGUCCUUGUCAUGCUUUAUAUGAAACGACAAGGGCAGACUGAUGUCAAGUUUCUUCUUCUUUUAUUAUGGCAUGACGGCUAAUGCAUGUCAAGUUCACAAAGACCAAUCACGAAUAGCUAAGUGAAGUACCGUCAUAAAAAACGACAAACUAAUAUUAUACAGCCAUGUACUGAGAAUUUUUCGUUCCGUUUUCAUUGCGGUAAUUACCGGUUGUUAUUUUUCUGCGUAAAAUGAAUAAAAUUUUAUAUUUCGUAUUAAACUGGUAACACCGGUGACGAACGAUUCAAAAAUACGGAAUAUCGUGCGACUAGAAAGUCGAAGGUGACUUAUGUCGCAUUCGACGAUACUAUGUCAGGCGAGUGAUUCAAAAAUAGAGCUCCAGGAGCUCCUUGAGCUGUAAUUGCCGCAAUCAAAACCGAACAAUAAAUUCUCGUUAUCGUUUCAUAUAAAGCAUGACAAUGAUAGAUCAUCGUCGUCUAAUAGCACAAAAAAUUAGACAAUUAUUCUAUCAUUCGCCUCCACCAUACGCCAUGCAGCGAGUGGUCUCACCCAUUCGUUGCACUCGAGCGAUUCAAAAAUACAGAAUUAAUUAUAUCGAAUGAAAUUUAGUAGAAAUCGAGCGUUCGACGCAAGACGAGUGAUUCAAAAAUAGAGCUCCAGGUCGCGGCACAUAACUCCAGCGCUGAACAAAGUACAGAGGGAAUAGCUGCGCAAGCGCAUGGGUACGACUGAAGAGUUUCCCAACACAUCCUAAUUUUUACUUCUGCGCAAUAACGGUCAGCGCUAGAGUUUCGUGGCGCGAUUUAUACUUACAUUUUUACAAUCUGCUAGAGUUGCGCGACUGUCGCGGGUGAAAAUCGCUACGUGUGUUCUUAGCCUUACGCAACCUAUUCACAUUCGAUGAGAAAAAUGCUAGAUUAGGAAAUUAUUAUUUAAAAAGAUAUUUUUUUUUGUUUGUUUUAAUGUGUAUUUAAUUAUGAUUCGUUACGUUACAGUAACGCAAACAUCACAAUAAUAUUACUUCCGUGUGACAUGUUUUUAUUAAACUUGUUACCAGUAAACAAGCCUUUAUGAAAAUAAAAAUGUAUUGUCAAUAAUUACCUCCAUUCCACAGUUAGUGUGAACAAACAUACGAACAGGGUUAUUUGCAAUAAACCCAUCUUUUAUAAUGUUAUUUAAUGAAACAAUUACAUUAUGAUAUUAGAAUGAUUUGUGAGUUGUGUAUUUGAGUAAUGAUUGGUUGAUUAAUCGUGGAAUAUAAGCUGAACUUGUGUACCAGAAAUGGUAAUAUUACAAUUUUUAUGAAAUCAUACAAUGUCUUUUAA